AUGCAGCAGGUAGCAGCACGGCCUAGCAGCCAGCUGCAGCCGGACACCGCAACAACUGUGGACACGGCCCGGCUCGAGCUCCAUGUCAAGGAGCAGGAGGUGCAGCAGCUGCGCGAGACAGCGCUGAAGGCGCUCGAGCACCAGCUAUCCGAGGCGCGUGGCGCCAACGCGCAGCUGCGCGCUCAGUUGGAGGAGCUCAAAAGCGACUUCAAGUUCAAUCUGCAGCUGCUGGCGGAGCGGGACGCCGAGCUGGAGCGGUACGACGCAAACACGGCGCAGCUGGAGGCAGAGACGGGCGCCAAAGCGGCCAUGGUGCUGCAGCUGCGGUCUGCGCUGGCGCAGGCGCACAGCGACGCCAAGCUGGAGCGCGACCGCACGCGCGAGUCGGAGCGCGCGUGGCGCUCCCAGCGCGAGGAGCUGCAGCAGCGGCUGGAGGCUGCCAAGCUGGAGCACGCAGCGGCGCUGCUCAAGCAGCGGGAGGACGCGGCAGGGCACCAGCGGGCGCUGCAGCGCGCGCUGGCGGAGGCGGAGGAGGAGGUGGAGCGUCAGCGGCGGGAGCUGUCCGCGGGCUUCCUGCUGCAGGGCCAGGAGUUGGAGCAGAAGUGGCGCGGGCAGGCGGAGGCGGCGCGGCACGAGGCGUCUGUCGCGCGGGAGCUGGCAGCCCAGCGCGAGGCGGAGGCCGAGGCGGCGCACACGCGGGAGCUGGUGCAGCUCAAGCGGGCAGAGCGGCUCGAGGCGGCGGCGGCGGAGGGGGCCGCGCUUCGGCGCCAGCAGCAGGCGCUGGCGCAGCAGGGGGACUCUCAGGUGUCUGACCUGUUGGCAGAGGCAGCAGGCCUGCGGCAGCAGCUCGCGCAGCAGCGGGAGGAGGGGGCGCUCGCCGUCGCGCGGGCGGAGGGGCGGGGCGAGGAGGCGGCGGCGGCGGUGCGGCAACGGCUGCAGCAGGCGCAGGGCAAGGCGACGCGCCUCGAGGCAGAGCUGUCAGAGCUGCGUGCGCAGCUGCACUCCCAGGAGCAGGAGGCGUCUGCGCAGCUGCUGGCGCUGCUCGCGGAGAGAGACUCGCUGCAGGAGAGGCUCGAGGCGGCCGUGGCCGAGGCGGCGGCAAUAGCGGAGGCCGCGUCGUCAGAGGCGCGCGACCAGCUGCUGGCGGCGCGGCGCGACGCGGCGGCGCUGCGGGCGGCGCUGGACGCGGCGCUGGCGGCGAGGGAGGAGCAGCGGCGCGCGCUGGAGGCCCAGAAGGCGCAGCUGCUGGCUGCGGAGGAGCGCGACGGCGAGCUGCGGCGGCAGCUGGUGUCGGCCCAGGUGCGGCUGGCAGACCAGGCGGACCUUCUGUAUGACCUGGAGGAUGCAGCCAGCGCGGCCGCCGCGGCCGCCGCAGCCCUGGGAGCGCUGCCGCCCGGCGCGGCCGUUGCCCACAGCAUCGAAGCGGCGGCAGCAACAGCGACAGCGGUGGGUGGCCAAACUCUGGGCCUGGCGUUGGGCGUGCCAGCGGGGCCGCCGCGCGGGGAGGCGCUCAUACGGGCGCUGGUCGCGCAGCGGGACGCGGCGGGCGCUACGCUGGCCGAGGCGCAGCAGCGGCUGGCGGCGCGCGACGGCGAGCUGGCAGAGCUGCGCGAGCAGCUGGCGGCGCAGCAAAGCCCUCUCCACCAGGAGCAGACCCCCGACUCGGAGCGAGCCCACGGCGCGCUUGUCCCUGCCGAUGGAGGCGCAUCGCACCCAGCCGCGGCCGACCCGGCAGCUGGCGGCGACGCCGCGCUGCUGCGCGCUGAGCUGGCGGCGUCGGACCAUGAGCUGGCGCACGCGCUGCAGCACGUGGCGGUGCUGCAGGGCCAGGCACAGCAGCAGCAGCAGCAGCAGCAGCAGCAGCAGCAGCAGCAGCAGCAGCAACAGCAGCAGGACGCGGCUGGCCGGUCGCUGGGUCCGCAGGCAGGCGCUGCGUUUGAGGGGCAGGCGCAGGGGGAGCUCGAGUUCCUGCGGCGCCGGGUCAACACGCUGCUGGCCGACAACCGGCGGCUGCGGCGGGAGGCGCUGGCGGCGCGCAUGUCGUCCGGGGGCGGGGGCCUCGGGCAGGACGGGGCGGUGCAAGGUGGCGGGCGCGCCCUGCGGUCGUUCGGCUCGGUCGUGGCGGCAGCCGAGGAGGGCGGCGCAGACCAGCCUCUGCCGCCAUUGGACGGCGCACAGCAGCACCUGCCCGGCAGCCACCUGCAGCAGCAACAGCAGCCGCAGGCUGGCGAGCCGCCCGCAGCCGCGCAGCCGCAAUCGGCGCCGGAUCCAGCACCGCCAGCGGCCACGCCCGCGCCGGCGGCGGGGGACGCGGCGGCUGCGGAGCUGGCGCGCGCGCGCCGGCUGGUGGAGAGUUUGUCGGAUGAGAACGAGCGGCUGAUGGAGAUAAGCAACGCCCUGAGGGCGGAGCGCGACAGGCUGCUCACGCAGAUGCGUCAGCCGGGCGCACUGAAGCAGCAGCAGCAGGAGCAGCAAGCCGCGCUCAUGCAGACCGACGCAUCGCAGCAGGGUCAGCGCCUCGAGUUGACCGGCACUGGCAUGCAGCCAAAAAGGCCGUCCCACCAGCACCAAGGCGGCUCUGGCACCCAGCAGCCGGCGCGCCCUUUGGGCAUCACAGGCGGCCAGCAGCAGCAGCAGCAGCAGCAGCAGCAGCAGCAGCGCUGCGCCUCUGGGGCUGGCGCCGCUGCUCCGCCAGACGGGCCAGCAGAACCGAUGGGGCACGGAACCGCGGCAGCUGGGGCCAGCGGCGCACCGCACCGGGCCAGGUCGCAGCCGGCUGCACAGCCGGCGCAGCGGCGGCGGCCCCAGGCCGGGGACGACGUGUCCCGUCUGCGUGUGCGCAACUACAAUGUGCGGGAUGAUGCUGAGGCGGCGGCGCAGGCAGCGGCGCAGGCGGGGCGAGGCGGGCUGCAGCAGGCUGCGGUGGCUGCGGUGGCGCAGCAGCUGGCAGGACGCGCUGCCCAAGAGCAGUAG